GGAGAAAAUACCACCCCUUUUUCUACCUUAUUGGAUGUCCUCAAGACAACUAUCGACAUACUUAUCAUCAUCAUAUUGACCUUACCUUAACUCCAAUCAUUACCUACCAGUCAUCAAUUAUAUAUCAUACCUCACAUAUCCGUAUUUCAUCUUGUAAAGACUUUUCAUGAACAUUUAAUCAAUUUUAUCAACCCAUUAUUAUUUAUUUUAAUCAACAAAAGGAGUUUGGUCUUUCUUCAUAUACAUAUAUACAUAUUUUUUUAUUCAUCUUAUUCAUUUCAUCAUUCACAUUCAUAUUCACAUUCAUAUUUUCAUAAAAUAGCAUUCAAAUCCCCAACCUUUUAUCCCCCCUCUAAAAUAUCAUGAAAUUCAAUACUUUAUCAGUGGUUGCAACCACUGCUUUUAUAAUAAUACCAAUUCAAGCUAUAUCACUUUCAUAUUGUGCCACCAAUAACUUGGGAGUUUUAACCAGUAUAACCAGUUCACAAUAUAUGUCCAAUGGUUUAUGUCAUGAUACUUGUAAUAAUGAAGGUUAUACUGUUGGUGUGGUACAAGGUAUGAAUUGUUGGUGUUCAGAUGAUGUACCUGGUAUUACUGUUGCGUCAUCUAAUUGUGCAAUUCCAUGUCCUGGUUAUCCAAGUGAUUCUUGUGCUCAACAAGGUUAUUAUGGAUAUAUUGUAAUAGGUUUACCUAGUUCAACGAUUGGAAGUAGUACAUCAUCCACAAGUACUACAAGUACUAGUAGUACUUCACCAUCACCAUCUACCACAAGUACAAAUGCAGGUACUACAUCUGCUCAAAAUAAUAAUAAUAAUGACGAUAAUGAUCCUAAUACUGAAGAUGUUACUAAUAAUGUGUAUGUUACCAAUAACGUUUAUGUUACUAAUAUGGUUUUGCAAACUGGUACGACAUUAGUUACUCAAACUACACAAUUAACUGAAACCAAGUCUCCAACUUUGAUAAGUCCAACCGUAACGAAUAUCUUACCUGCUUCAAGUUCAUCCAGUUCUACAAGUUCAUCAUCAUCGACUUCUUCAUCUACAAGUUCAUUGAGUGUAUCAAUUCAUCAAACUACAGUGGUAUCGGUUACUACUGUAAAUGGUACUCGUCAACAGAUUGUUUCUACAUUAUACGUUACUCAAAUUGCUUCACCUACUGAAGAUCCUGCUUCUUCUUCAUCAUCCUCAUCAUCAGCUAGUUCAACUGUUAUGUCAUCAAGUAGUGGUUCAUCCUCACCUUCAUCAUCUUCAUCAGGAUCAAACCUUGCAUCCGAUGUAUCUAAAUCCACUUCAUUUUUCGAUUCCAAGGGGAAAGUUGCUGGAACAUUCACGGCGGUUGGAAUAGUUAUACUUGGAUUAGUUCUAGGGAUUUUAUAUUGUUGUUGUUGUGCUAAAUUAUGUGGAGGGAAAAGACAUGAUGAUGAUGAUUUGGAUAAUGAUGGAUUCACUGAUGAAGAGAAUCAAUAUUCAAGUGAUGAAUUAUCAAUUGCUCAUGAAAAAGUAUCACCAGUAUCUUAUCAUAAGGGAGAUAAUUCUACUGUUAGUACUUCAACCAUUAAACGAGAAAACUCAUCCAAAUCAUUAUUUUCAUUCUUAAAUGGUGGAGGAUCAUCAGGAAGUGGAGGUACGAUAAUUACAUCGGCCAACAAUAGUGAUAUUGGUCGAAGUCCAUCUCGGAAGAAGUUGGUGAAUAAACAUAGUAGUUUAGAUCUGAAUAAUAAGGAUAUUCCAAUGUUUCCAAUUGAGGAAUGGGAUUCAAGAUUAGAUCCAGAUUCAAUGUUUUUAAAUCAUAAUAAUCUUUCCAAUAAAUCGUUUGAUGAUCAAGUUGAUUAUUCUCGACCUUUGAAAAUUAUGAAUCCAGAGUGAUCAAAAUACAAUCGUUUACUAAUUUCUUUCUUCAAUUACGUCCUUCGUUUCCAAGCCUUUUUUUUUUUAAUUCUGACUUUCUAGUUCUUUCAAUCGUUACUUUUUUUAAUCUUAUGGGUAUUUAAAUUAUUUUUUUUAUCAUCACUAUAUGUUUUCAUUUUCUUUUCUUAACUUGUUUGUUACUUUGUUUUAUUAUUGUUAAAUGAUAUUGAUAACAAUAAUUAAUCUUAAUAAAUCUUUUUUAGCAUUAUUUAUAUAUAUAUAUAUCACAAUCAAUGAAUCUAUAUUUA